UCGCACCACAACCACCUCCUACCCCUUCUCUUCUUCUUCUCCCCCCUUGCGAAUCGGAGACCAAGUGCAAUUGCCCACCCAAGCCCCGGAACCGGGGGCCAAGAGCAGUACAGGGGGUUGGUUUCUGCGACGGCGAGGACGCGAAGCGGAUUCGGAUCGCGCCGCCAUGCCGCUCGACGAGCUCGCCGACAAAGGGCCGUCGUCCUCCGAGGAAGUUCAGCUCGCGCCGUCGGAUUCCAAGUUCCGGAGCCUCAGUCCUUCGCCGAUUCCGCUCCCAACUCUUCCGAGCAUCAGAUCAUUGGUCCACUCGGUUUCUGACGAGAGUGUAAAUGUAGAUGUCGCGGCCUCACAUCAAAGUGAAAAUGGAUCUAUCUCUACUGUUAGUUCACUAGAAUCAGAGAGGGCAGCAUAUGAAUUUCUUGCUCAAACUCCUGUCAGGUCAACUGAUGCACAUCUUGUUGAGUUUUCGGAGGCUAUGAGAACUGUUGCAAAAGCCUUACGACGAGUGGCUGAAGGGAAGGCUGCUGCUCAAGCAGAGGCAGCGGAGUGGAAACGUAAGUAUGAAUUAGAGACAGCGCACAAGCAUCGGAGUAAAAUCAAAGGCUACAGCAGUUGUAUCAAUAAUGACUUAGACAAACUGGUCAGCCAACUAACCCUGGAGACACCUACAUCUGAUCAAUUAGGAUGUUGCGGAAAGCAUGGUAUAUGUGCACAUGAGAUUCUCCAGGACGAAGUUCCUGGGCCUAUCCCAAGAUCUAAUCACAAGGUGGUGGGGAGAAAGGCAUCAUUUAAACUUUCAUGGGGAUGUAAUGGGGAUAAAAAUGGACAACAUAAGCAUGAUUUUGUGUCCUUUGAAAAAGGUGAUAUAACAACCGCAGAACGAAGCAAUAAGCAGAUCUUACUGAAAUGGGAAUCGCCACCACAAACAGUGCUUUUCAUAACCAAACCGAAUUCCAACUCUGUUCGUGUUCUUUGUGCUGAAAUGAUCAGAUGGCUUAGGGAGCAUAAAAAUAUAAACAUCUUUGUUGAGCCACGUGUUAGCAAGGAACUUCUAACAGAGGAUUCUUACUACAACUUCGUCCAAACAUGGGAUAAUGAUGAGGAGAUAAAGAUGCUGCGCACAAAGGUUGAUUUAAUUAUAACUCUUGGUGGUGAUGGAACUGUUCUGUGGGCUGCAUCAUUGUUCAAAGGACCUGUUCCUCCGGUUGUUGCAUUUGCCCUGGGAUCACUGGGCUUCAUGACGCCUUUCCCAAGCGAGCAAUACCGUGAGUUGUUGGACAAUGUGCUGAAUGGGCCAUUUAGCAUCACGCUGAGAAACCGCAUACAGUGUCAUGUAAUACGUGACGAGGCAAAGGAUGAAAUCGUGUCUGAGGAGCCAUUCUUAGUGUUGAACGAAGUUACAAUCGACCGAGGAAUAUCAUCCUACCUUACCAACCUGGAAGUCUACUGUGACAGCUCUUUUGUUACUUGCGUACAAGGGGAUGGACUAAUCAUAUCAACUACAUCUGGAAGUACAGCAUAUUCAUUAGCAGCUGGAGGGUCCAUGGUUCAUCCUCAGGUCCCAGGGAUCCUUUUCACCCCAAUCUGCCCGCACUCUCUGUCAUUCAGACCUUUGAUUCUGCCUGAAUACGUGACCCUCCGCGUUCAAGUGCCGUUCAACAGCAGGGGCAAUGCCUGGGCAUCCUUCGACGGCAAAGACCGACAGCAGCUGUCGCCCGGUGACGCCCUGAUCUGCAGCAUUUCUCCCUGGCCCGUGCCCACAGCCUGCCUGGUGGACUCGACGACCGAUUUCCUCCGCAGCAUCCAUGAGGGUCUCCACUGGAACUUGAGGAAAUCCCAGUCAUUUGACGGCCCGCGUGAUUGAUGCAACAGCUGUUCAGUUAUAUUUCAGCCCGGUGCCAGAAUUCAAGCUGGGAAUUCUCAACAGGAAUAACUGUAGCUACUCCAGGGUGCUCUCACCUUUACCGUUCCAUACUUGCCUAUAUACAAAGGUUGCGUGCGUUAGAUGUGAGGUAUAGAUAGAUGUAUAGAAUAUGGAUGGAUGAUAACGACUGGACAUGUUGAAUAAUACAACGCCAACGUAUGCACG